GGGUGCGAGAGCUAGCCAACUCCCAGGUGUCCCAUCAGUCUUAGCAGCCAUGGGUAUCGACUUGGAUCGCCACCAUGUGCGUAGCAGCCAUCGCAAGGCGCCGAAAAGCGAGAAUGUCUAUCUGCAAGUUUUGGUGAAGCUCUAUCGCUUCCUCGCCCGUCGCACGGACUCCAACUUCAACAAGGUCGUGCUGCGUCGUCUUUUCAUGUCGAGGAUUAACCGCCCACCUGUUUCUCUGUCGCGUAUCGCUUCUAACGUGACCGAUGCGCACAAGGGCAAGACAAUUGUCGUUAUCGGCUCCGUCACUGACGACAACCGCUUGCUUAACGUCCCGAAGCUGUCUGUGGCUGCCCUGCGCUUCACUGCUACUGCCAGAGCCCGGAUCGAGAAGGCCGGUGGAGAGACGUUGACCUUGGACCAGCUUGCUCUCCGGGCUCCUACUGGAGCGAACACACUUCUCCUCCGCGGACCCAAGAACGCUCGUGAGGCCGUCAAGCACUUCGGUUUUGGUCCUCAUAGCCACAAGAAACCCUAUGUGCGAAGCAAGGGACGCAAGUUUGAGAGGGCCCGUGGAAGGAGAAGGUCUCGUGGCUUCAAGGUUUAAAGGAGCUUAUUACGAAAAUAUCUUGUAUCAGGGUCGGAACUGUCAUAGCCAUGGAAAUACAUGCGCAGGGCUUUGUGAUCUUAUGCUUGACCUUUCACCUAGAAAAAAUACGGCUAGCUUCCAAAGCUCUUUAGCUGAUACGGCAGCGACUCUUACGGAUAUGAAUGAAAUUUCAGGUAGAGGAGUUGGAGCUGAAUGAAAAUUGA